UCUUCUUUUAUACUUUACAAUUUCGUUACAGUGCAACAUAUUUUAAGAGCUAACAUUAGUAACAGAUCUGCACUUAAAGAUGGCUUCCUCUAAACUUCUAAGCUGUGAUGGACAUUUUGACUUCAUCAUGGACAUGCUUGUAAAGCAACGAAACAAUAGAGAAUAUUGUGAUGUCACACUGGUAGCAGAAGGUCAAAAAUUUCCAGCACAUCGAGCAAUUUUAGCAGCGAGUAGCAAAUAUUUUCACACUAUGUUCAGUAGUCAGAUGAAAGAGAAAUUUGAAAAAGAAAUCAGAAUAAAAGAAGUAACAAAGGUUGCAAUGAAACAAGUGAUAGCCUUCAUUUAUACGAACAAAGUUUUAUUAUCAGAGGAAAAUAUUGAUGAAGUUUUGCAUGCAGCUUCACUGAUGCAAGUACAAGAUCUACUUGCAUUAGUUAUCCAAUAUCUCUCGGAUGAAAUAUCUCCAAUGAAUUGUUUGCAUUACCGUCAACUUGGUAUAUUGUAUUCUCUCAAUGAUCUUAUAUCGGAAUGUGAUCGGUGCAUUUGGGAAAAUUUUGAUGAAGUUUCAGCUCAAGAAAAGUUUUUAGACAUUGAUGAGGUGGAAAUUGAGAAGCUUAUUUCUUCUGAUGAAUUGGUGGUAGAGUCAGAGGAAGUUGUUUAUGAGUGUUUGGUUGGUUGGGUGAAACAUGAUCUGGAAACAAGGAAACAAUAUUUCCCAACUUUGUUCAAACAUCUUCGAUUGCAAUAUGUGGAAAUUGAUUAUUUAUCCAAGUAUAUCAGAAAAGAGGAACUUGUUCGUGAAUUUUCUGAUUGCAGAGAUUUGAUUGAAAAUGCUCUCUUGUUUUGUAUCAAACCAGAAUUAAUAAAGAAACAGAAACCAAGAAAACGUUGCUACCCAUGCAAAGAACUCAUAUUGGUUCCGAACAACCAGCAAAAAAUAACGAGUUACAGUAUGGAAGAAAAAGAAUGGUCAUCACUUCAGGUUUGUGGUGAACCUGACCAGCAUGUAAUGUUUAUUGUUCAUGAGGAUAUGGUGUAUUGCUUUGGUUACAUGUAUAAUAAAAGCAAUAUUUCAAAACGCUUCAAUGGUAUUAAAUGGGAAAACCUUGCACCAAUGAUAAAAUACCAUUCUGAAGCAGCUGUUGCUUCAAUACAAGGUGAAAUAUUUGUUUUCGGUGGAUUGUCACAAGCGCCAUCAUGGUGUGAGUUUUACUUUGCAAAUAUCAUCUCCAAGUAUAAUCCAGCCAACAAUACUUGGGCAAAUGCUGAGAACACCAAUUCAUUCCGAACAAAGGCAGCUGCAGUUGGGGUUGGAGAUUUUGCUUUUCUUUGUGGAGGAUACGUACAAGUUCAGGGUGGACAAAAAAAUAAUACAAGAGUUACUGUAAAAGUUGAAAUGUAUGACUCAAAAGAGAAAACGUGGAAAGUAGGAAACAAUAUGGUUGAAGGAAGAGCUUCUUGUGCUGCUGUUCAUUUUGAUGGAAAAAUCUUUGUUUUUGGUGGAUUUGGUUCAAACAAUACUCUGUUAACAAGUGGUGAAUUCAUGAACAUUGCUGAUGGAGUUUGGACGAUGUUAACAAACAACAUUCCCUUUCAACUUGGUGAAGUUUCUGCUUGUUGUGUUGGUCACCACGUUGCUAUGUAUGGAAGUUCCAAACCUGGACAUGUUGUGUUGUACAACUUCAAAAAAGAUGAAUGGAAAACUUUCGUAGAAGAAGGUCAGAACUUGUUCAAUGGGAGAGGAUGCUUGAUGGCAAAAUAAAAACAGAACAUUUGAUAAAUUCAUAUUUAAUUUUAUCAACUGUUUUAUUGUGGUAUUCUUUCUUUUCUUCUUGAAUCGUUUGUGGCUUUUAUUUGGAGAUACUGUAGGUAACAUGUUAAAAACUAUAGCGUAGAGCAAGAGAAAGAACGUUAAAACUUGAUUUUCAAAGCGUACAGUAUUAUUUCGUGGUAUUUAGGUUUAUUCCCAACAAAAAAAUCAUGUAAUAAUGAAAAUUAAAAACAUUUUGAACUGUAUUUUCUUAACCUCCAACCGCUAAACUAGCAUCAAUGUGCAAAUCGCUAUAUAACAUUUUGUGUGUUUUAAUAUAUCUCUUUGAAGUGUUGUCAAUUGAUAAAGGUAUGGUACAAAUACAUAGUAUCACCUAAAAACCGUCAUAUUAGUUUUUAAUUAGUGGAUUUUUAAUGGUUAAAAAUAAUCUGGUCUACACUACAAGCAGCUGUUGGUGUUGGAAGUAAGUGAUUCUUUAUUAUGCAAUCAAACAUAGAGCGAAUAAACCUUGAUUUAUAAUUUAAA